UUCCCAUUUUGUGUUGCAUUCCAUUGUUUCAUAGCCUGCUGUAUUUGUUAAUCUGUUAUGAGAAGGAUUUUGUUUAUUUAACUUGAGUUUACCACUGUAAACGUUACCUACUUGCACUUGCUUCGCCUUUAGGGGGCGUUGACGCACAGAAGAUUACAGACCUACGCUGUAUUGUGCUUUUUGCGGCUCUCAAAGUUUGUGUCCCGCAGAUAUCCGUUUAUGGAACCUUGCAGACACUGUCACGCACAUGUAAAACAUGAAGCCAGCGUUUCUUUUCUUGUUCAUCAUUUGGUUUGCAGAUGCUGAAUUAAAACCACGGAAAGGUCGUGGAGUCGUUUGCACUUUUAAAAACAAGACUUACAAUCUGGGGGACAGUUGGCACCCGUAUUUGGAGCCGUUUGGAUUAAUGUAUUGUAUGAGAUGUGUCUGCGCUGAGACGGGACAUGUGAAAUGUAGCACAAUCAGGUGUCCGGCUCCGUCCUGUGAUAACCCUGUGGUGCAGCCACAGCAGUGUUGCCCCAGGUGCACAGAUGAGCCAAAGUUCCCCGCUGCUCUCAGGGCCUCCGUGAAAACUUGCCGCUAUAACGGGACCAUUUACCAACCAGGAGAGAGUUUCACCAAACAGGACCUGUUCCCUUCCAGACACAGGAACCAGUGUGUCCUGUGCACCUGCUCUAAUGGGAACAUCUUCUGUGGCCUGAAGACGUGUCCGCUGGUCCCCUGCUCCUCCCCUGUGCCAGCUCCAGACACCUGCUGCCUGCUGUGUAAAGAUCACAGUGGCUCUGCGUCCAGUGAAGACGGAAACCAACAACUCAACCGAGGCGUUAGGCAUUCUGUGGACCAGUGUCCAGGAGAGCAGACCCGGAUGUGGCCAGACCGUGCCACUGUGCCCAGGGUCAGGACUUCUCCUCAAAGUCUGAGUAAACUCAACCUCAAAGGGGCCUCGGAGACCACCGUGAAGAUCCUGCUGCAGCGGAAACACCAAAGAGCUUGUUUGUACAAUGGAAAGACGUACUCGCAUGGAGACAUUUGGCACCCAGUUUUGGGGAAGGUCCUGGAAUGUAUCCUGUGCACUUGUACAGACGGCCUCCAGGACUGUAAACGCAUCACGUGUCCCAGCCAGUAUCCAUGCAAGCAUCCCACAAAAUCACCAGGAAAGUGUUGCAAGACAUGCCCAGAGACUAGAGCGGCAAGCAACCAGACGCAGUGCCACAUGGGACAUAGAAGCACUAUCCUGGUUUAUAAAGUGGAGUCUCCUUUAAAUGUGGACAAUCCAGAAAGAAUGAAGAUCAUUGCAGCAGAAAGGCAGAGUGAAGUAGAGGUGCUGAUGUGGAGGAGUGUAGAAGGGGUCUUACAGCUAAUGGAGAUGGAGGAUGUUCAAAGAAAAGAUAUAAAGGAUCAUCCAAAAAAUCAUACACUGCUGACGACAAUCAACGAAGAGACAUGGAGAAGAUUCAAGGAAGAAGCAAGAAAUCUGAGUAAAGCCUCUCAGACUGUAUUGUGUGUUGAUGGGAUACUGGAGAUUGUUAAGUAUUUAAACCCGAGGCAGACUGAAGGAUUGUGUUCACCAUAACAUCACUUGACCACCGUUUCUGGUUAAAUACAGCCCUUGCCGAGUGUGGACAGUUAUGGCCAUAUGUUUUGAAUGUAAAAUUGUAUGUAUUGAAUAUUUAUUGCAAGAAAGUUGAUACCUAAUUUAAAGGUUUUUCAUUCUGGGAGUGAUAUUGCCUCAGAUUACAAAGUCUUAAAAUUAAAAAUGGAGAUCUACUGUGGCUAUUUUUAUACAGCCACUGUUGUUGUAACUAGUCCAGUGGGAAUUUUAUUUCACAUUCCUGAAAUAUCUUGUAAUGAAAGUGGAAGUUGUGCUAAAAACUAAGAAGUAUUGAGUCAAUGUAGGCUUACUUUGCUAUACUCAGAUUUUGUCAUAGCGCAGCACUCAGACGGGACGGACUGAUAAACUUGAGUUUCCACUGGAGAUGAAAUGUCAUAGUGAUCAAAUCAAAAACAGAAGUGUGGCAUCAUUCUACAAUUAUGUGCUUUACUGGAAUACGAUUGCAUACAAGAAACGCUUCGACUUCUCCAUAUUUUUUUUGUUUGUUUUAUUAGUUUUGAUUGGUAACUUAAGACAUUUGUUUUAAAAUAUUCAUGUUUUUCCUAAAGUUAGGAUUCUAUGCCUAGUAACACUAUAGUGGUCUUAACAGUGUGAUAAACUAUUGCUGAUGCCAAAAUUAGAAAUACAAGUUUCACAUAUUAUUUUAUUAUAUCUCUUUACAUAGAUUCAAAAAGGGAUGUUUAUACCCUUAUAUACACCAUAAGAGUUUUUUUUCUAACUUUGAAGGUAGCAUCCCUCACAACUGAAUUUGCCAUAUGUGUUGAUAUAAAUGCACAUAUGGAGUAUAAAAACACUGAACAGUGUGACAUGUGUCAGCCUCGAUGGCCUGAUCAUUGUGUUUGAGUGAUUUUGUGUAAAUUCCUCCUUGAGUCCUUUCGCCCUCUUCUAGAGGGUCACUGCUGCCAAUCUAAAUGAAACAUUUACUGUAAACACGGACUUAGACACAGAUUUGUGGUGGCCCUGUGUCUCUGUGUAAGGGACAGAACCAGUUGGUGUACUUGUGAUUCUUGUGUGAUUUUGCCUGGCUCCAGCUUUGGCUCAGACCUGGAACAUCUGGGUGCAGGGAGUCACAAUAAAUCUGCCUCAAAUGAGAUGAGGGCACAGCUCAGAUAGGAGACACCUCUGAAUCAAGAUGGGACUGUAGGAGAAUCAACAAAAACAUCAAAUCUGCCCUUUGUUCUUUUACAAUGAUCAGAUCCUUCAAAUAUACUUCACUAAAAUGAUCGUUCCCCAUAAUAAAACUCUCAUCAAAACAUUUUAAUUAACUAUUGUUCAAUAUUAUUGCACAUUUUAAUUAUCUAUCUCAUUAUAAACACAGUAAAUAGACAAAUUCACCACUGGAGUCACUUCACUGAUGUUUUGAGCACAUGAUGAGCAGUGUGGCUCUGUGGUUUGGAGAGCUCAGAGGUCACAGUGGGUUUGGCUUAAUUAAGCCUGAUAGCUGUGUUUGCUUUCUUAGCUGAUUAAGGCGCUCGACUGAACUUCAGUUUAUACUUCAUCAAAAUACUUCCGAAAUCUAUCGAGACCUGAGCUAUUCACAAACAUGGCCUCUCGUUCAUGAUAAUUGCUCUGAUUGGAGUGUGGUCAGGAAACCACACGUCAUGAAAUAAGUCCCAUUAUCAAUUAAGGGUUGGGGUCAAAGUGCAAACUCUCCUCCACAUGCUCAUAACAACUGUUAGCAAUUACAGACAGAAGUGAGUGAGAAUGUGUGAACACAAGUAACAGUAUUUGUACAAUUAAAGGUGACGUAGCCAACUAAAUAUUGAAUGUUAAAGCAGGUUUCCCACUCUUUCACUGACAAAAUUUUAAAAUUUUUCCAUGACUUUUUCAUGACCUAAAGCAAAUUUUCUAUGACUUUAAAUAUGAAAAUAAAUAUGAAAUG